GUUGACUAAUCAUAUAUAUAUAGACUGCAAGCUGGGAAUAUGACUAAGUAAUGACUUAUGCCAUAGUACGGUAAGUUCUACCAUCAUAUAUAUCUAGAUUAAUAAAGAGCUCUUUAUUAUCUUCCUUCUUUAUAGCUCUAUUAAAAUAUUUUUAAAAGAGUAUAUCAAUAUUUUCACGGUCUAUUUUAGAGAAACGUAACUAUUAUUGCAUUAUUAUAGUAAGCUAGAGCUAAGAGGUACAUUAGCAGUAGAAAGAAUAAUGAAAAAGGGAGAAGAGAGUUUCCGAUAAUGUAAGCGAGCACCUUAUAUCCAUGGCGACAACCCUGAACAACUCGCGCGCUAAUAUUCUACCUUGUAUAUACCGAUAUAGGACGGGAUCCUAGCGUUAAUAAUGUACCAUCUUCUCUAUUGCGAAUAUGUAGGAGGCGUUCCGGAAGGCUCGAUGGGUGUGAACGAAGUAGAAUGGGUGACUCCUUCCGGCCCCUGUCGCCGGCGCCGUUUGUGGUCGUUAUAGAGGCGGCAAUUGUCCGAGAACGCGAACGGGAUCGCGGCAGGCAAAACCUCGGACAAGCAGUCGGCCGGGCAUGCUGAGUCAGCAACCGACGGAGAAGAUUUUGCUUUGCCCGGUACGACGCUUCGGAAGGUGUGUGUUCCCGGUGGCUCAGGUUCGACUUCACAAUGUUCUUCGGACAUCAACCCGCUCGAUAAGCCCAGCUGCUGUUCGGCAAGGGAAGAGGCGAGAGAGGUCGGCUGCUGUGGGGACGUUUACCGCCCACCUGCAUGACCGGCAGCUCUAUCACGUCGAUCUGCACUCUGAUUGGCGGCGUGUUUCGACGCCCAGCCGGAGCCCAUGGAGCGGGCGACGAUCAUUGGUAGGUUGGAUGGCCGAUGGUGACAGGGUGGUAAGGGCCGCUUGCUCUUGCCGCCCAACGAGGUCUCUCUGCCCCUCUCUCCGCACCCGUCAUCAGCUUGGCGGUUCCUGCCGUCGCUUCCUGCGGCCGACCUCGCCGUCCGAUUCGACAGAACUGGCCCUGAAUUCCAACCGCCCUCGACCAAUAGGUUCGGCACUCUUGCAUUGUGCGAGUGCCGCGUUGCGACGACAAUGGGCGCUAAUGUUCCGAGGGGAGAAACGGCGUGCGGCCGCACACAGCAGUGACAGUCGUCCAUCAUGGCGGCCGCGCAGAGCACCAAAGAUCAAUGGGAGCUGUGGUUGAAGAGAGGAAUGGGGCUACCAACAUAUG